AUGUCCGUAGAAACAGACAUUUCGCCCGUCGAUUCGUUUCCACAGACUGAGAUUCUCGACAGACGGGAAAAGAUCCCCAAAGAUCUUCUGAAAUACUGGAAAUCGCGCUACACACUAUUCAGCAAGUUUGACGACGGUAUCAAACUGACCAGAGAACUGUGGUUCAGCGUUACUCCGCAGGAUCUUGCCGUAUACACAGCAAAGUUUAUUAGACAUUGCUAUCCAGACACCGAGACUGUGCUCGAUCUGUUUUGUGGCGGCGGCGGUAACUCCAUCCAAUUCAUCAGAGUAUAUCAAAAGUGUGUUUGUGUCGACUACAACGAGGUAAAUCUUGCAUGUACGGCUAACAAUGUGCAUGUCUAUUUCGACCAAAACCAACUCGACCAGGCCGGAAAAAGCUUGCAGCUGCUCAAUUGUGAUUGGAAGUACGCCCUCCCCAAUGAUAAUCCCGAGGAUCCUGUUGCAUACGCUGCAACUCAAAGCAUAGUGAAGAGUCUCAAAGUGGACAUUAUAUUUGCAUCUCCGCCGUGGGGCGGUCCAAAGUACCUCGACCAGGAGACUUUUGAUUUGCGCGCGCUUGAACCAUUACCGCUAGACGACCUUCUAAGAAGCUGCCUACAAGUCUCGGAUAAGAUAGUGCUUUUCCUGCCGCGAAACUCCGACCUAGACCAGUUACACCGAAUGUCAAUGGAAGUGUUUGGCCCUGCAGUGAAAGUGCGGGUCACAAAGGCCAAGAUAAACGGGAAUCCCAUGUCCCGAAUAGAAUAUACUCCAACAAGGCCAUUAGCCUUAUCUGAGUCACCGUCAGGUGUUCCACCAGACGGCUUCUGCCAGCAGCUCGAUCUGAUUGUCCGACUGGUGUAUAUCAUUACGGGAGAAUGUCCUUUGGACGUGUCGCGGAAUCAGGUCAUCCAUUUCUUCAAACCUAUAUCUGCCUAUGCAGGGUAUCUAUCGAUUACUGCGUGGCUAUUUGCUCAGAUCCCCCAGGUCAUAAAAAACUACUCAGAGAAGUCAGUUGACGGGCUUUCACUAGGGUUUCUGUGUUGCUGGUUUGCCGGGGACCUGCUCAAUUUUAUGAGUUGUUUGAUGACGGAUGCUUUGCUAUUUCAAAUCCUGCUCAGCUCGUAUUAUCUCAUUAUCGACAUAGUUUUGGCCGGGCAGUUUUACUACUACAGCCGCCUGUACCACAAUCCUCAGUCCCGCUUUUACCAUCAAAGACGUGCCAAGCGGCUCGGUGAGAUCAAGACGCCUCGUACAGCGCUUCGAACAGCUCUGAAUGCCCAUCCUGUGCGUGAAAUCGACGCCGAUUCCAUUGAUCGCGCCUACGUUCCUGCAGAACAUAUAUCUUCCGCUAUUCCGAUAGAGAGGCAACAACAACCAAAUAACACGAACAUAACAAGCAGCAUAACGAAGCUGAUUAGCUCGAGCUUCAUCAUGGGGUUCAGCAGGGCAGAAGCUGCCCCGAUCUACUCGCCAAUGUCCAUACCGGAUAAGACCAACAACUCCGCAUUACUAAAAAUAUUUCAUGCAUUAGUCACACUCUCCGUCCAUCAGAUGGGAACCAUCCUGGCCUGGUGUUGCACUUUCUUGUAUAUCAGCUCCAGAUUUCCGCAGAUAUUGACCAAUAACAAACUCAAAUCGACGCGUGGCAUUUCCCCCAAGUUUGUCAUAUGCGCGCUUCUGGGCAACUUGUGCUACUCGAUGUCGUUGGCAACAUGUAAGAAUUCGCUUAGUGGUGGUGACACAUCGCGGGAUUUCUGGCGGUCCGAGCUCAGCUACCUUUUGGGAGCCAUGGGCACGGUGGCCCUUGAUUGCACGUUGCUCCUGCAAUGGUACAAAUGGGACUACAACAAAGGUACCGCCAAAUCCCCGGGAGUAGAAGAAUCCGCGAUGAGAAGAGAAAGUAUGUCUGCGGAAAACUACAUCAAACUGAAAAAGUCAAAGUCGCCUGCCACAAGGUCAGCAUUCAUAAAAAUCCCAAUGUCCCCGCAUCACGUUCGCAAGCUGAGUGAAAACACGCCACUGUCGCCUAUCGACUUCCUGCUGGACGACUAUAUGGCGAAUGCCCAACUUUACAAGGGCAAAAAACAAUUCGAUGAGGUUUUGAAGCUGUCAAACUACGGAUCUAUAUCUUAAUCAGAUCACUUUCCUAUUCUGGAAGCUGCACCAGUACUAGUUGGGAUAGCGUAAAUGCUCAAAACUGAUGUGUUUAUGUGUGACGCACUACCUAAAAUAUGAGGGUGGCAAAGAGAGUAAAAAUUGGGGUUCAUUAAGUAGGUUCCAUAAUUUACAAACCUGUUCUGAAUAGAGAGUCACCAAUCUAGUUGCUCCAAAACCUUGUCAAAAUCAUUAGCAUCGCUGAGCAUCUAUUAUAAACAAAGCGAAUCUCAAAGAUGAAACUUUCUCUCCCAACCCUUUACUCGCUUGCUCUUGUGCUUGGAUUGGUCUCCGUGGCCGAUGCCAAGGUGCACAAAGCUCCCAUCAAAAAAGCUCCUGCACAGGCUACUUACCAGGAUGUUACUGUCGGCGAUUAUGUUGAGUCGUUGAAGCAAAAGUAUGUUACAUCUUACAAUAAGUUUAUCGCCGCCCAACAGAAUGACCAGCAAGUUAUCUCGCUCGGCAAGCGUUCUGACGAGAGUGCAACCUCUGGACACAACACUCCUUUGACCAACUAUCUCAACGCUCAGUACUUCACCGAGAUACAAUUGGGCACUCCUGGCCAGUCGUUCAAGGUUAUCCUCGACACCGGUUCCUCUAACCUGUGGGUUCCUAGUAGCGAUUGCUCGUCUUUGGCCUGUUACUUGCAUACUAAAUACGACCACGAUGAGUCCUCCACUUACCAGAAAAACGGUUCUUCCUUUAAUAUUCAAUAUGGCUCGGGUUCCCUCGAGGGUUACGUUUCCCAAGACACACUGACUAUUGGUGACCUUGUCAUCCCUAAGCAGGAUUUCGCUGAGGCUACUAGCGAACCUGGCUUGGCUUUUGCUUUUGGAAAGUUUGACGGUAUCCUGGGUCUGGCUUACGACACUAUCUCGGUCAACAGAAUCGUUCCUCCAAUUUACAAUGCUAUCAAUUUGGAACUGCUGGACGCCCCACAAUUCGCAUUUUACCUUGGUGACACUUCAAAGUCCGAGCAGGACGGAGGAGAGGCUACCUUUGGUGGAUACGAUGUGUCUAAGUACACAGGUGACAUCACCUGGUUGCCAGUCAGAAGAAAGGCUUACUGGGAAGUGAAGUUUAGUGGUAUUGCCCUUGGUGACGAAUACGCCCCAUUGGAGAAUACGGGAGCUGCCAUUGACACCGGAACCUCUUUGAUUGCUCUUCCAUCUCAAUUGGCUGAAAUAUUGAACUCUCAAAUUGGUGCCGAGAAGUCAUGGUCUGGACAGUACCAGAUCGACUGUGACAAGAGAGAUUCGCUGCCUGACCUGACUUUCAAUUUCGAUGGUUACAACUUUACCAUCUCGCCUUACGACUACACUUUGGAAGUUUCUGGUUCUUGUAUUUCUGCAUUCACUCCAAUGGAUCUCCCAGCCCCAAUUGGUCCAAUGGCCAUCAUUGGUGACGCUUUCCUCAGAAGAUACUACUCCGUUUAUGACCUUGGCAAAGACGCUGUGGGAUUGGCUAAGGCUGUGUAACUGCAAGGCAGUUACGUAUUAGCUUCAGCUUGCUAGCAUGAAUUCUUAUCGGGUACGGUUGUUUGACAACGAUUUUCUUUGUGUCUCUAUUAUUGCUAUAAAACAUGAAAAGAUUGGAUUUUUUUUGAACAGUUUCUAGUAAUUGCUUAAAUCUGCUCUUUUCCUUUUGUUGAUCAUGUGCUGCUCUGUGUGUUUCCUCUUCUUAUCAAUAUUAGAUUGUCUUUUCUUUAGCAGCGGAAGCUUUUGGUCUGCCUCAUCUUGCGGCUCUAUGCUUACAUUUCUC